UCACUUGGCAAUCUCUUCUCGUUCACACACAAAUCAAAGAGAGAACAAAAAUCCAAAGUAAAAGCAAUGACUUGAUUUAAUUCCGAACCUUCAUCUGUAUCCGAACCAGUCAACAACCUCAACUGCCCUUUUGUAUUAAAACCCUUACUUUCCCCUUUCUUUUCUUUCAUUCACCUUUCUCUCUGUUCUUCUUACACAGAGCAAAAAAAAAAUCUGAAUUCUCAUACAAAUUCAGUGACAAUCAUUUACAGAACACCCAGAUCUUAAAAACUUCACAAGUUUCCUGAGAUUCUCUUCUGUUCUGGGUUUCACCAUGGUUGAUUCUCUUAGACCGGUUCUGUUUCUAACUCUCUUCGUUUCAUUAUUCAUCUCAAUUUCAGCUCAAACUUGUAGAACACAUGUGUUUCCAAGUAAUAAUCAAGUCAGUACUGAUUUCACUUCUUGUAGCGAUUUACCACACUUGAAUUCAUUUAUUCACUGGAAAUAUGACUCAGCAACCAGAAGAGUGAACAUCGCUUAUCGACAUACCAACAUCGAUUCGAGUAGAUGGAUAGCUUGGGCUAUUAAUCCAACCAGAACAGGAAUGGAAGGAUGUCAAGCUCUUGUUGCUUAUCAAAAAGAUGGGCGGAUGACUGUUUAUACAUCUCCAAUCCCGACGUAUUCUACAACACUGGCACAAGGAAACUUAUCUUUUCCAGUUCCUGAUUUAACCGCAACAUUUCAGGAUCGGGAGAUGACAAUUUUUGCAACUAUACAAUUACCAACUAAUACCACCACAGCUGUUGUUAAUCAAGUUUGGCAAGAAGGUCCUCUUCGCAAUGGUAAUCCUUCUGCACAUGAUUUUGCUCCGGCUAAUAAACAAUCUAUGAGUACUUUGGAUUUUCUCUCUGGACAACAAUCUUCCUCUGGUGGUGUUGAUUCAAGAACCAAACGCAGGAACGUUCAUGGAGUAUUGAAUGCUGUUGCUUGGGGAAUUCUGAUGCCUGUUGGAGCCAUCGCUGCAAGGUAUUUGAGGGUAUUCAAUUCAAUGGACCCAGCAUGGUUUUACAUCCACAUUGCUACCCAAACUUCUGCUUACAUUAUCGGCGUUGCUGGAUGGGCAACUGGCCUCAAACUCGGUAGUGAAUCUUCGGGCAUUCAACAUAAUGCCCAUAGAAACAUUGGGAUUGCUUUGUUCAUUCUGGGGACACUUCAGGUGUUUGCUUUGCUUCUGAGGCCUAAGCCUGAUCACAAAUAUCGAUCCUACUGGAAUAUCUAUCACCGCUUGACUGGAUGCAUAGUCAUAGUACUUAGCAUCAUUAACAUAUUCAAAGGUUUUGAUAUUUUGGAGCCUGAGAAGAAAUGGAAGAAUGUAUUCAUAGGCGUGCUUAUAGGUUUGGCUGUUAUUGUGGUUCUGUUAGAAGCUUUUACAUGGUACAUUGUUUUGAAGAGGAAGAAAUCUGAGAAAUCUCAUCAUGGUGCAAAUGGUCACGCUGGUGGCAAUGGAAACCCAUACGGUGCUUGAAUUCAAUCGGUUGCGUAGACGGAGAUGGGUCGACGUCUCAAACUGCGCUGUUUUGGCGACGGGUAUGAUAGAGUAUAAUGUUAGUAUCACCAUACAGAUAUAUGUAAACAGAGAUGGUUAGUUGGGUUUAGAACUUAUUCUUUGUAGCAGCACAGAGUGUUUUGUUUGUUUUCAGUAAAUGGCUUUGGAUGCCCUUGCUAGAUUGGAGAGAGAUCCACAUCAUGUAGACUAUUCUUAUUGACUUAUUUAUACUCAUAUUUUCUUGUUUUGAAACUUGGAUUUUCGUUUUUGCA